AUGAUCAUAGACUUCAUUGUUGAUUAUUACAAAAAUGUUGAGAAACAGCCGGUUCGAAGCCAGGUUGAACUGGGUUAUCUCAGUAAACGCUUGCCAAAAUCUGCACCAAAUAAUCCUAAACCUAUUGAGAAAAUCCUCCAGGAUGUCCAGGAACACAUUGUCCCUGGAUUAACACAUUGGCAAAGUCCUAAUUAUUUUGCAUACUUCCCUUCUAGUUCCUGUAUCUGCCCAGAGUUUCGACAUUUUCUGAAUGGUAUUGAAGAUGUGGACUCCUUCAGUCUCAAUGCACACAAAUGGUUCUUCACUACUCUAGAUUGUUGUUGCCUUUGGGUGAAGAAUCCAGGCGCUCUCAUAAAAUCGCUCUCAACAAAUCCAGAGUUUUUGAGGAACAGGGCUAGUGAUUCGAAGAAAGUGGCGGAUUAUAAAGAUUGGCAAAUAACUCUAAGCCGAAGAUUUAGGGCCAUGAAACUAUGGAUGGUUCUUAGAAGCUAUGGAGUGGCCAAUCUCAGGAAUUUCCUUCGAAGCCAUGUGAGAAUGGCAAAGCUCUUUGAAGAGCUAGUGGGAAGUAACAAGAGGUUUGAAGUUGUUGUUCCAAGAAACUUUGCUAUGGUUUGUUUUCGGGGAUUGCCAUCAACAUUGGAUAGGGCAAGUGAGGUGGAGAGAGUAAAUAAAUUCAAUAGUGAAUUGUUGGAGUCCAUAAAUAGAUCUGGGAAAUUAUUCAUGACUCAUGCCAUGGUAGAGGGAGUCUUUGUGAUAAGGUUUGCUAUUGGUGCUACUCUGACAGAGGAACGACAUGUGGUGGCGGCUUGGAAGGUGGUGCAACAGCAUUUUGAGGCCAACCUUAAAAUGUGGAUGAAAAUGCAAAUUAAGUUGAUGGUAGAAAUUUCUGAAUUUGGAUCAUGUAAAUUCAAAAAAUUUACAACUCAUAUUGUAAAUUCAUGUUAA